AUGGCUGACACAUCUCCCCCAGAAAACCACCUGCCGUUACCGCAUGGAGACCCGAGUCCAGACCGGAGCCAGCCGGAAUCUUCGUCAGCCAAGACCAGCACUCGCCCGUCCGCUCGCGGCACCGCGUUCUACCAGAGGAAGCGGGCUGUGAAGGCUUGUCAAGUCGGGGCUACCUGCAUCCAGUCGCCUGUGGACCUAUCCAGUUUUGAUCCAGCGAGUCUGAAGAUCCUAGAACGACUCGAUGACUUGGAAGAGCUCAUGAGAUCCGUCUCAGUUGAUGGGUCUUCCAAUAAGACGAGGGUUGUUGAGGUCCCGGUCGAGACUCGCCUGGAAGUACCAGUCGCGGUGGGCCCUCCCAUCGAACUUGGCAUGAUCGUUCCAGCAGGGCCUGAACAUGUCAUGUCUUGGAACAUCUUCCAAAGUGUUCGGACUGCAAUGGCUCAAGAUGACUAUCCCCCGAUAAUCGACCUUGGAAUCAAUUCUCCUGCUUCAGUGCUCGGAGAUCUCGACAUGGAAACAAGACGAGUUAAGCAGCUCAUAGACAACUUCUUCAGCUACGUACACGUCAAGAACCCGAUCUUGGACGAGACAGCAACAAGAAAGAUGGUGUUAUCAACCACCAUGAACGGCAUUGACUGGUCUGCAGAGUCAUGCUUGUCUCUCCUGAUCUUCGCGUUGGGGUCCAUAUCGACGCCGUUCGGCCCGAGUCACGAGACCAUGCCGGGAACUGUUACACACGCCAAAGCUCAGGAGUACUUCCGAGCUGCCCAGAAAAGACUGGGUAUCUUACUAUCAGCAGACGACAUUAUCGCGGCUCAGUGUCUCUUCUUGUCAGGGGUGUACAUGAUGUGCAUUUUCCAACCUGUCAAAGCAUGGAGGUACUUCGUGCAAGCGCUUGCAAACUGUCAGCAACUUCCCUUCCUUACCCCUGAAGCCCAACAACGCUACCAGAACCACGUGGAAUCAGGCGCGGAUUCACAAACUUACUCGAUCGAUACUCUCCAACAAGCAAUCUACUGGUCGUCGUGGAAGUCCGAGCGAGAGAUGCGCGGAGAUCUUUACCUGCCUGAUUUCGCCCUCAGCGAAAAGGAACUCGCCUUCUAUCCACCCUUCUUUCCGACCCCACCUGCUCCGCGGGCAGAGGUCGAGGCGGCCAGCGAUCCGCGUUUGGCACGCGAAAGAACGUCUUGGUACUUCUAUCUUUCCGAGAUAUCGCUCCGCAGACUCGCGUCCCGGAUCAGCGCCGAGAUGGUGGGUCUUCAGAAGGAAUAUCCCGGGCGCCAAGCGUAUCUUUUAGCCGCAGCAGCGGCAACUCAGCAAUACGAAGAGCAGGUAAACGAGUGGAUUGCGUCGCUUCCACUCGGCCUGUCGUUCGGUGAGCCUCCGGAAGAAGACGACUUCAUCGACGGCUCAAGACACCGGGCGCAACUAACCACAACAUCACGCCACCUCGCCAACAUGUCCAACAGCACCCCAAACCCCCCAUGCACGCUGCUGCGUGUCAACGGUACGAAGAUCGUGAAUGAAAAUGGCGAAGAGGUCAUUCUCAAAGGAGCCGCGGUGGGUGGUAUGCUCAAUAUGGAGAACUUCAUCACAGGCUACAGUGGUCACGAGAGUGAACACCGUGAGGCUCUGGCUGAAGUCCUUGGACAGGAGAAGGCCGACUUCUUCUUCUCUCGCCUCCUUCACUACUACUUCACAGAGGCCGAUGCCGCCUUGUUCGCAUCAUUAGGCCUCAACUGCCUGCGGGUGCCCUUCAACUACCGCCACUUCAUUGACGAUGCGAACCCCAGCGUGAUCAAGAAGUCUGGUUUUGAGCUCCUCGACCGUAUCGUCAACUACUGCGCCAAGUACAACAUCUACGUGAUCCUCGACCUUCACGCUGUGCCGGGUGGACAGAACCAGGACUGGCACAGCGAUUCCGGUAUCUCAAGAGCUCUGUUCUGGGAGUUCAAGGACUUCCAGGAUCGGGCUAUUCAGCUCUGGGAGGCCCUCGCUGCUCACUACAAGGGCAACAAGGUCAUCGCCGGCUACAACCCCCUCAACGAGCCGGCCGACCCUAAACACACCCGCCUCAUCAGCUGGUACGAGCGCGCCGAAAAGGCCAUUCGCGCCAUUGACCCCGAUCACAUCCUGUUCCUCGACGGCAACACGUACGCCAUGGACUUCUCCGCAUUUUCGCCCGAGAAAACACUACCAAACAGCGUCUACAGCUGCCACGACUACAGCCUCUACGGCUUCCCACUACCCGAACAAUACGAGGGAAUAGAUUCCCAAAAGCAGAAGCUGCGCGCCAGCCUCAAGCGCAAGGUGGAAUUCAUGCAGAAGGCGCGCGUACCCAUCUGGAACGGCGAAUGGGGCCCCGUCUACCAAGACCCCAGGACGGACUCGAACGCCGCCGCGACCAACGAGAAGCGCUUCGCCCUGCUCAAGGAGCAGCUCAACAUCUACCGCGAGUUCGGCGGCAUCUCCUGGAGCAUCUGGCUGUACAAGGACAUCGGCUACCAGGGCAUGGUCUACGUCGACCCCGAGAGCCCGUACAUGCGUCUCAUCCGGCCCUUCGUCGAGAAGAAGCAGCGCCUCGGCCUCGACUUCUGGGGCUGCGCCGACAAGAGCGGCAUUGACAACGAGGUCUACGCCCCCUUCAUCUCGAAACUCAAGUCGACUCUCCCGGAGCAUCUGCACAAGAAGAAGUACCCCAAGACGUGGACUUUCGACAGGCAAGUCGAGCGGGUUGUCCGUGAGUGUCUGAUGAGCGAAUACCACGGCUGGGAGUUUGCGGAGCUUUUCAAGGGCAAGACGGAGGCAGAGCUUGAGGAGCUUGCGGCCAGCUUCGCGUUGGAGAACUGCGUCAAGCGUAAUCAGUUGAACCAAAUCCUGACAGCAGAUGCCGAGACGGCCAACGGAACGAAUAAAGCAUAG